CGCGCCGCCCAACGCCAGUGUUGAGCGCCUACAGCUGCGAUACUGUUUGCUGUUUAAGUUCAGUCUCGGUUGCAUUUUACCAGCCAUGGAGAGUGACUUUUACUUGCGUUACUAUGUGGGUCACAAAGGCAAGUUCGGCCACGAGUUUCUAGAGUUUGAGUUCCGACCCGAUGGGAAAUUGAGGUAUGCCAACAACAGCAAUUACAAAAAUGAUGUCAUGAUCAGAAAAGAGGCUUAUGUACAUAAAAGUGUAAUGGAAGAACUGAAGAGGAUAAUUGAUGACAGUGAAAUUACCAAAGAAGAUGAUGCUUUGUGGCCUCCUCCUGACCGAGUAGGCCGGCAAGAACUUGAAAUUGUCAUUGGAGAUGAACACAUUUCUUUUACAACAUCAAAAAUUGGUUCCCUUAUUGAUGUCAAUCAGUCCAAGGAUCCUGAAGGCUUACGGGUAUUUUAUUAUCUUGUCCAGGACCUGAAGUGUUUGGUCUUCAGUCUUAUUGGAUUACAUUUCAAGAUUAAGCCAAUCUAGAGUCAGUAUUGUUGUGAACAUGAAGACGUGGGGGUAGUUGUUUUUUAAUUUUCAUUAUCAGGAAAUUUUUGUGUAUAUGGGGGUAGUAUUUUUUUAUAAACUAUAAAUGAUUGUCUUUAAUAAAUAUACGAUAAAAUUCA